AUGGCAGAGACUGUGCAUCCUCCCUUUGUGACUUACGCGUCGAUGCUGUCGCUUCUUGCACUUUGUCCACAUUUCGUCAUUCUCCUAUGGUACACAAUGGUACAUGAGGAUGGUUCUGUGGCCCAAAGUUGGGACUUGUUGAAGAAGAAUGGACUUCAUGGACUCAUUAACAUAUGGCCAAGACCUACUGCUAUAGCUUGGAAAAUCCUUUUUUGCUACGGAGCUUUUGAGGCUGCUCUUCAGCUACUUCUACCUGGUCAAACAGUUCAAGGCCCGGUUUCUCCAACAGGAAACCGUCCUGUUUACAAGGCAAAUGGUGUGGCGGCUUAUGUUGUAACAAUAGCUACCUACAUUGGCCUUUGGUGGUUUGGAAUAUUCAACCCUGCUAUUGUUUAUGAUCAUUUGGGAGAUAUAUUUUCUGCUCUUAUAUAUGGGAGCUUCAUAUUUUGUGUUCUCUUAUACAUAAAAGGUCACGUUGCACCUUCGUCAAGUGAUUCUGGUUCAUGUGGGAACCUAAUAAUUGACUUUUAUUGGGGCAUGGAGUUGUACCCACGAAUUGGUAAGAACUUUGACAUCAAGGUUUUUACCAAUUGUAGAUUUGGGAUGAUGUCGUGGGCAGUUCUUGCAGUCACCUAUUGCAUCAAACAGUAUGAACUAAAUGGGAGAGUAUCUGAUUCAAUGCUGGUGAACACCACAUUGAUGCUGGUGUAUGUUACUAAAUUUUUCUGGUGGGAAGCUGGUUAUUGGAACACCAUGGACAUUGCUCAUGACAGAGCUGGUUUCUAUAUAUGCUGGGGUUGUCUUGUGUGGGUGCCUUCUGUAUACACCUCACCAGGCAUGUACCUUGUGAACCACCCUGUGGAACUUGGAACUCAGCUGGCAAUAUAUAUUCUGGUGGCUGGAGUUAUUUGCAUUUACAUAAACUAUGACUGCGACAGACAAAGGCAAGAGUUUCGGAGGACAAAUGGGAAAUGUUCGGUUUGGGGAAAAGCCCCUUCAAAGAUUGUAGCAAGCUACACUACAUCAUCCGGUGAAACCAAAACAAGUCUUCUCCUAACAUCUGGAUGGUGGGGACUAGCGCGUCAUUUCCAUUAUGUUCCCGAGAUCUUAAGUUCCUUCUUCUGGACUGUCCCGGCUCUCUUCCACAAUUUCUUGCCAUAUUUCUACGUCAUAUUUCUCACCAUUCUUCUCUUCGAUCGGGCCAAGAGAGACGAUGACCGAUGCAGAUCCAAGUAUGGCAAGUACUGGAAGCUGUAUUGCGAGAGAGUCCGGUAUAGGGUCAUUCCAGGGUUCUAUUGA